AUGGCGCCCAUCAAAGGGUCGUCCAAGGGCGCCUCGUCUGUAGGAGGCGCUAAGAAACCCCCCUCGUCUGCAUCGCGCGUGAGCAAAUCGAGCAAGAAGGAUGUCAAACGCCCACCGCCGCAGGAAGUCAAGGCCAAGUCCCGCUCGGCCCCAGAAAACCUGAAGAAGACGAAGAAGAGGGUCUAUACUGAGGCGGAGCUGGAUCUGCCUAAGCUGAAUGCUAUCACGCCGGUUGGGGUGGUCAAGCCCAAGGGCAAGAAGAAGGGCAAGACUUUUGUCGAUGAUGAGGAGGGCAUGAGGACGAUUCUCGCAAUGGUGAAUGCAGAGAAGGAAGGCCAGAUCGAGUCGAAGAUGAUGAAGGCCCGCCAAUUAGAGGAGAUCCGCGAGGCCAAGCGAAAGGAGGCCGAGGCACGGCAUGCGAAGAAGAAGUCCAAGCUGGAAGACGCCAAGGAUGCUAUCCGGCAGAAGAAGAAGCGCAAGAGUGGUGACGACAAACCUACGGAACCAGCCCCGAAAACCGCAAAGGGUACGUCAAAACCACCCAAAGAAAAGCGGAAAAGCGUUUCAUUUGCUUGA